AUGGGUACAUAUCGUAAAAGGUUCAAUGAGAAAGCUAGGGCUGGCCAGAUGGCCAAGCUCAAGGAUCUGAAGAAGGUGAGAAACAAACAGUUUUUAAGACACACAGAUGACGGUACAGAAACCCAAGAGCAGUCAGAGGACGGUGAUGUACAUAACACUAAUGCUGAGAUUAUGGAGCCGCUGACAGAUGCUGAAAAACAAUUAAAAAAGCGGAAACUGGAGGAGUUGUUCAAACCGCAGGAGUCUAAAGUCUCAAGGCUCAAAAGAAAGCGGCUGGACAAGUUCAUUGAGCAUCAGCUUAAACGUGAGGAAAAGAAAGUCUUGAUAGAGAAGCUUCAAGAGCACAAAAUAGACACAGGUAUCCUUACUAGCUCGAAAAAUUUAGGUCACGGAAGACAGACAAAGAAACAAGAAUUUCAGGAAGCUUUGAAACUUGAAAGGUUAGGACAAAGCAAUGAGCUAGUGCGGGAUAUCUUGUAUAGGGAGCAUGAAGUGAAAGAUUGGGAUGAAGAUAACCCUGCCGAAGCAAACGGCCACAAAGAGGAAAACUACAGUAAAAGCGAUACGAAUAGUGAACAGAUUCCGUCAUCGUCAUUUGUGGAUAACAGGCCCGCCAAAUUUGGUGGUUCUGGGUUCGGAUUUGGUUUUCAGAACGCCACAGUCGUACGCAAGACCAAAGCGCCAUCGAAAAAGCGGUACAACUGGCGCGAAAGAGUGCAAAUGGCUGACGCACGAAAGUAUUCAAAAGAAGACGAGAUGGAUUUCGAAUCUUCUGGAAGUGAAGAUGUAAGCGAGUCCGAAAGUGAAAGUAAAAGUGAAAAUGAAAGUGAAAGUGAAAGUGAAGGUGAAGGUGAAGGUGAAGGUGAGAUUGAAGUUGAGGGUCAGAUUGAAGCUCCUAGUGGCUCUAUUGGAAAAUUAUCUGAUGACAAAGUUGACGAUAGUUUGUUGGAGGAAUCUGAUUAUAGCUCAAGUUCCAACCCUGAGGAAGGACCUUCCUCCAGCAAGGCAGCCAGUGACUUCAAAACUUGGGCCGAGGAAGAAAUUAAGAGGUUAGAGGGUCGUGAGACACCGGUGGAAAUGCCACAACUCAAUACGCCUUACGAAAAGCUCGUAAGAGUGGAAGAUCUUGAUGAUGGCCUGCAAGAUGAUAGUGCUCCGAUUGAUGAAAAAUCGCUCCGCAAAGCCUUUUAUGUCAAUGUCAGUAGGCCUGAAGAAAUCCAGCAAGCCAGAAUAAAGUUACCAGUAUAUGGAGAAGAGCACAAGAUAAUGGAAGCGAUCCAUCACAACGAUGUUGUAGUGAUCUGCGGUGAGACAGGGUCUGGUAAAACAACUCAGGUUCCUCAAUUUCUUUUUGAGGCCGGCUACGGUGAUAGUAGUUCAUCUGAUACUCCCGGAAUGAUUGGAAUAACACAACCUCGUAGGGUUGCAGCAGUGUCCAUGGCCAAGCGUGUUUCCAAGGAAUUAGGAAAUUACCAUGAUACCGUCUCAUAUCAAAUUCGAUUCGAUUCAACUGUUUCUGAGAAUACGAAGAUGAAAUUUAUGACCGAUGGUGUUCUCCUGAGAGAGAUGAUGAAUGAUUUCAUGCUAACCAAAUACUCCUCUAUAAUAAUCGAUGAGGCACACGAAAGAAAUAUCAACACGGACAUUCUAAUUGGUUUACUGAGCAGAUGUGUUAGACUGCGUGCUAAAAAUCAUAGCAAAAACCCAGAUCAGACCAAGAAGCUAAAACUUAUAAUCAUGUCGGCUACCUUGAGGGUUUCUGAUUUCAGUGAAAACCUUUCUCUUUUUGUUUCACCACCUCCCGUCCUCAAGGUUGACGCUCGCCAGUAUCCAGUUUCGAUUCAUUUUAAUAAGCGCACAGCAUUCAAUUAUUCUGAAGAGGCAUUCCGCAAAACUUGCAAAAUUCAUCAGAAACUUCCGAAAGGGGCGAUUUUAAUCUUUAUGACCGGCCAGCAAGAGAUUACGGACAUGGUAAACAAACUAAGAAAGGAAUUUCCAUUUCCAAAAGCUUCAAAGUCUUUCAAAGAAAUGGGCACAAGUAAUCCGACGAUUAAAGUCAAUCCGAAAAAUGUGGACAUUGAGGCAGAGGAUGUGGAUUUUAGUGUCAAUGUUAUGAAAGAUGAGGUAAACGAUGAUGCCAUUGAUGACUAUGAACAACAGGAAUCAGAGGCAGAGGAAGGUUUCGAUGAGGAGUUAGAAGACGACCAGACUGCUACAGAUCCUUUGUACGUCCUUCCACUCUAUUCCUUGCUACCGACCAAAGAUCAGCUCAAAGUUUUUCAGGAGCCACCAAAAGGUUCCAGAUUAUGUGUCGUGGCUACUAACGUCGCUGAAACGUCCUUGACUAUUCCAAAUAUUCGUUACGUUGUUGACUGUGGUAGAUCGAAGGAGAGAGUAUUCAACGAAUCCAAUGGUGUUCAAAGUUUCGAGGUGAACUGGAUCAGUAAAGCUUCAGCGGAUCAGAGAAGCGGAAGAGCUGGUCGUACUGGUCCCGGGCACUGUUACCGACUAUACUCAUCUGCUGUGUAUGAGAAUGACUUUCAACAGUUUUCAAAACCAGAAAUUUUGAGAAUGCCUGUUGAGAGCGUUGUGUUGCAGAUGAAGAGCAUGGCAAUUCAUAACAUUUUGAACUUUCCAUUUCCGACGCCACCCAGUCAUGGGUCUUUAUCAAAGGCGGUAAGCCUUCUUCAGUAUUUAGGUGCCUUGGACCAAAAGCAAGUGAUUACAGAUGACGGUAGAAAAAUGAAUCUAUUCCCCUUAAGCCCAAGAUUUUCCAAAAUGUUGUUGGUGGGGAACGAAAGUGGAUGUUUGCCGUAUGUCAUUUCCAUUGUGAGUGCCCUAUCAGUAGGAGAUCCGUUCCUUUCUGAGAAUGAACUGGGUAUUGCAGCUAAGCCCGAUGUUGAUGAAGAGGAGGCUAAACAAGACAAGGAUCAAAUAGCUCGAAACCAGCAGCUACGUACUCGAUAUUACAAAAGUCAGGCGAAAUUUAGCAAACUGGAUAAAUUCAGUGACGUUUUCAAACUUCUGACUGCUGUCAGCUCCUUGGAUUAUAUCAAGCCAGAGGAGAGACCUAGGUUCAUGGAGGCGAAUUUCAUGAGACCUAAAAUAGUUGAAGAAAUAAGGAAACUAAGAUGCCAGCUGUUGUACAUUGUCAAAUCCAAUACCUCGAGAGAGAAUGUGGCUGUCAACGUCUCGGAGGACGACUUGAAAUCAGGAAUACCUAAUGAAAACCAGGUGAAACUACUGAAACAGAUGGUUUGUGCUGGUUUCGUCGAUCAAGUUGCUAUCAGGGCGGAUCAAAUCGCGCCUGAGGACUGUAAGAUUACCAGCAGAGCUACAAUAUCAGGAAUUCCAUAUAUUCCAGUCCUAGCUCCUAUAGUUCCUGGCGAAGUCUCUCAAAACUUUGUCUAUCUACACACAACCUCGAUCAUCAACGACAUAGGCCAAGAACCUCCCAAGUAUCUAGUGUUCCACUCGCUGCACCUUAACAAACGCACGGAAAACUCGAAGACACGAAUUAAGCCCAUGUGCGACAUAAAGAGCACUCCACUAGCAAAUAUAGCCCGCAAAGGCUCACUGCUUACUUAUAGCAAACCUCUGAUGGGUAACGGAAUCCGUCCUAUUGACCUAUCCACCACAGAGAGGCUGUGCUACGUGACGCCUCGAUUUGGAGCCACGGUGGAUAGUGAUCUAAAAGUGGGUUGGGACCUUAAUCCCCUUGCUGUACACCAGAAGAAGGUGAUUGGGCAAUGGACUGUUGACAAACUAAUCACGGCCAAGAACUACAAGACUGCGAGCGCACAGAAUGUUCAUAAAUAA